UUACAGGUGACUGAAUUUUCAAGCUGCAGAAUGCAUAGCACCUUACAAGGUUGACCAUGAUGAGCUCCCUGCAGGUGAAGGAAGAUAAGGUGCCGGUUGUUCAAUUUGUGGGCGAUGAUGAUGUCCUCAAUCACAUUUUUGAUAGAGAAGGAGGAACUAAAUUAAAAAAGGAGAAAGCUCAGCUUUUGGUCAAUCCUCAGAAAAUAAUAAAGAAACCAGAAUGUGAACUAGAGAAGAGUGACCAGGAAGUCUUAAAGGAUCAGAACUACGUGGAAGUUUUGGGAAGAAAUAUUCAAGAAUCCUUGAAAAAUGGCUCAGCUGUAGAUGGGAAGAAAGUUUAUUCUUUUCAAUCCAGAAAACAUUCUGAAGAAAUGACUAAAUUAGCUUUAGAACUAGCAAAAGCGCCAAGAAAAAUUGUUCCAAUUGACUCAAAGAAUGAUCCUGAAAUUAUGAAAAACGUCUCUCAGCAGAGCAAGGGACAUUCAACUUCAGAGAAAGUUCAGCAGGAGAACAAUGGCAAAACUGAAUUCCUGUCAACACCACCUCGUAGUCUAAGGAAAAGAAUAAUAGUUCCCACGUCUCACUGUGACACCGAGAGUGAAUACUCCGCCUCCAGCUCGGAGGAUGACGGAGAAGAGGACACUGAAGCCGUUGGGCUGUCUCAGAAGGGCCGAGCUCAGAGCAGAGGACCCCCAGCUCCUGCUCCCAAAGGGACGCCACCUAAGAAGAUGAAAAGAGACCAAGCAAGUGACUUGGUAGAAGAAUAUUUUGAAGCCCACAGCAGUUCAAAAGUUUUAACGUCUGACAGAACCCUGCAGAAGCUGAGGAGAGCUAAAGUGGAUCAGAAAACUCUGCGUAAUUUAUUGAGCAAAUUUUCGCCUUCCUUUUCUGCUGAAAUUGAACAGUUAAAUCAACAGCAUGAGAAAUUGUUUCACAAAUGGCUGCUCCAGCUACACCUCGGGUUCAACAUUGUGCUUUAUGGCUUGGGGUCCAAGAGAGACUUACUAGAAAAGUUUCGAACCUCCAUGCUUCAGGAUUCCGUGCACCUUGUCAUCAACGGCUUCUUUCCUGGGAUCAGUGUGAAAUCGAUCCUGAAUUCUAUAACUGAAGAUGUCCUCGAUCAUAUGGGUACUUUCCAGAGUGUUCCGGAUCAGCGAGACUGGAUAAUAAACAAAUUUAAAGAAGAUUCUUCUUUAGAACUCUUCCUUCUUAUCCACAAUUUGGAUAGUCAGAUGUUGAGAGGAGACAAUAGCCAGCAAAUUCUGGGCCAGCUGUCAUCUUUGCGUAACGUGUACCUUAUAGCAUCCAUCGAUCACCUUCACGCUCCUCUCAUGUGGGAUCAUGCAAAGCAGAGUCUUUAUAAUUGGCUUUGGUAUGAAACCACUACAUAUCAUCCUUAUACUGAAGAAACAUCCUAUGAGAAUUCCCUUCUGGUGAAACAGUCUGGAUCUCUACCCCUGAGUUCUCUGAUUCAUGUCUUACGAAGCCUCACCCCCAAUGCACGGGGAAUCUUCAGGCUACUUAUAAAGUUCCAGCUGGACAACCAGGACAGCCCUUCCUACACAGGACUUUCUUUUCAGGAUUUUUACCAGCAGUGCCGUGAGGCCUUCCUUGUUAACAGCGACCUCACUCUCCGAGCCCAGCUGACGGAGUUCAGGGAUCACAAGCUUAUAAGAACAAAGAAGGGAACUGAUGGUGUAGAAUAUUUAUUAAUUCCUGUUGACAGUGGAACAUUGGCUGAUUUCCUGGAGAAGGAAGAGGAGGAGGCUUAGACUGUCUCCUGUAGGUGAAGAGCCAUGUGCCCCAGCUGCUGCGUCUUAGUAAGAAUGCUGGGUUACAUCCAGCACUGGAUCAUUCUGUCCAGCAUACAAGACUGACUGUUGAAGGGGCAGAUCAUCAACUGUGAACUUUGCUGGCCGGAUUACUGUCUCUAAUACUGUGCGGUGGUCAUCGAGUUGGGGGGAAAAUGUGCCUUUAAUUUAUUACCUCUGGAGACUUCUUGCUGGAUGAACAGUGUGCUCAGGGAUUAUUUGGAACUGGAUGUUUUUGGAUUAUUUUAUUUUAUACUGAAUGCUAUCCCUAGUUUUUGAGGGCCAUUUAACGCUCCCUGAGCUGAAUUCCUACAAGUGCACUUGUUUCAGAUGCGAAAGCACAAAGAUGGGGUCACACAGAGCUCGCCAGGACGGACGGGCUCCACCUGCGUUCUCUGAAGUGAUAAAAGGUAUCCAGUGGGUUGAGAUGACCCAGCUUUCUCCUCGUGGACUUAGGCUGCACAUGCCUGGGACAGUCGGGACGAUUAAACUGAGGUGGUGGCAGAAGUGUAAGGAACAGAUAGGGCGUGUGCCAACCAACACAGCAUCUUUAGUUCAGUUAGCAUCUGUGCCAUGACCUUGAUUUUAUGAUACAAACGAGAAGCCAGGCUUAAAAAUAAAAUCCCGAUGUACAUGUUAAUAAUUGUUCUCAGGACAGUAGAAAAUAGAAACAUUUCAUUAUUCUUGUACAUUGGCAAUUUUUAUUUUCUUAAACAGCACGCAGGUAUAGCUGGCACACACCUUUAAUCCCACCGUUCAGGACUCAGGCAGGCAGACUGCUUCUCCACACAACAGCAGCAAGAUGUGAGCUUACAUUUGUAAUCCCAACACCGGAAGGGGAGGCAGGAGGAAGCAUGAGUUCAAGGCCUACACUAGCUCACGAGUUCUAGGUCAGUCUGAGCCACAGCGAUGCCUGCUUCAGAAGACAGCAGCCGCUAAAUAAACACACAGUGAUCACAUGAGA